GGGGGCGGUGCGAGGCGCGGAUCUCCGCCGCGGCGGCCGCAGGGGAGCGCGGCUCCGCCUGGAGCCGGGUCACGGAGCGGCCGCCGGAGGGGAGGGGGCGGCGGUGCCCGCCGGGGGUUUCUCACCUUGCCGCUGCGGCCGGGCACAGACGAGCGGCGGAGAGUUGAGCGUGGAGGAAGUUUGUGGGAGUAACUCGAGCGGCUGUGACUGCUGUUUCGGGUGGGAUUUUUUAUGUGUUCUUUUUUGUUUUACUUCGUUUUCUUGCCCGGCUCACAACUCUCUCGGCAGCCCGCACGAGCAGCUCACGCAGUGCGGGUGGCAGGCACAGCCGGGGAGGGCAGCAGCUCGGCGGGCAGAGCCGCGUUUCUUCGCAGAGCCGCGGUCCCGUGCACAGCGGAUCCCAAUGCAACUGCUCAUCCUCCUCCUCCUCUACGCCGUCGUCUGCGCGAACUUUUGCAGCCGUCAGGGCACCACCGCCCCUGCCCAGAGCGGAUCUAUCAGAGCCCUGCGCUCCUCCAACGUCAGGCGGGAUGAGAGCAAUCACCUCACAGACUUGUACCGAAAAGAAGAGACCAUCAGUGUGGCAGGGAAUGGCUGCAUCCACAGUCCUCGCUUCCCGAGCAGUUACCCCAGGAAUCUCCUUCUGACAUGGCGGCUGCACUCCCCAGAGAGCACCAGGAUCCAGCUGGCUUUUGAUAAUCAGUUUGGACUGGAGGAGCCUGAAAAUGAUAUCUGCAGGUAUGACUUUGUGGAAGUGGAAGAUUUAUCAGAGACCAGCACAGUUAUACGAGGACGGUGGUGUGGGCACAAGGAAGUACCUCCAAGAAUAACAUCAAGAACAAACCAGAUAAAGAUAACCUUCAAAUCCGAUGACUACUUUGUGGCUAAACCAGGAUUCAAGAUUUGUUACUCCCUUGUGUGUAGCUCAAAAGAGGCAGAUUUUGCAAACACUCAGGAAAUGGAUGAUUUCCAGCAUGCAGCCUCAGAAACCAACUGGGAAUCAGUCACAAGCUCUGUCUCAGGGGUCUCCUAUCCCUCUCCAUCAGUGACCGACCCUACGCUCACAGCAGAAGCCCUGGAUCAGACCAUUGCUGCAUUUGACACCGUGGAAGAUCUGCUGAAACACUUUAAUCCAGAAUCCUGGAAAGAAGAUCUCGAGAAUUUGUACACAGAAAGUGGUCACCAUUAUCGAGGCAGGAGCUACCAUGACAGAAAGUCCAAAGUUGACCUGGACAGGCUGAAUGAUGAUGUGAAGCGCUAUAGCUGCACUCCGAGAAACUACUCUGUCAAUUUAAGGGAAGAACUGAAGCUGACAAAUGCUGUUUUCUUCCCUCGCUGCCUCCUUGUCCAGCGCUGUGGAGGAAAUUGUGGCUGUGGGACUUCAAAUUGGAAAUCCUGCACAUGCGUGUCUGGGAAAACAGUGAAAAAAUAUCACGAGGUGCUGAAAUUUGUCCCUGAGGCUGAGCAUCCGCGAAAGAAAGGCAAAGCAAGAAAGAACAUGGCUUUAGUAGAUAUACAGUUGGAUCAUCACGAUCGUUGUGAUUGUAUCUGCAGUGCAAGACCACCCCGAUAAAAAGAAAAAAAGAAAAAAACACAAGACCCAUUAAUUGCAGCUUACCAGACAUUUACUUUGCAGCGGGAUUGCUCUGAGGACCUUAAGUCACUAAUCAUUUGAACUUUGCUACUAGCCUGCCUUUGCAAUUAGAAGAAAUGAUUGCUGUGUUUCAGCAUUGCUGGGCUGAUUAGUGCCAUGGCAGCUAAACAGGUAUACCAUGCAUUUUAUAUCAGCAUCCAAGAAUUAUGGUUGCUAUAGCUAGAGUCCGAGGGUUGAGAUUUUCAAAGGUCACUCACAGUUUUUAGGCACACAAGGCCCCCCGAAGUUGUCUGAGCUGGCAAUGAAAGAGCAUUUGUUGUGUUUCUGCAAAUCUCUCACUCACCAUUUCCUACACCCAAAUUCUGCUGCCAUUUCUGCCUGUUGAACUCUCCUGUCAGUAGGGUUUUGUGGGUAUAAAUGAAGGGAGAAUUUGAGCCCAUGCAAUUGUAAAAUGGUUAAUCCAGCUCUGAAAAUGAACUUGACAGCAUCCCCUCCCAGGAGAGUGCUGUGCAGUGAGGAAAACCCUUUAUUACAUGAAAUAAAACACCAGUGGAGUCAAAUCUCACUAUCUGUCCUCAAGCAAAUCUUGUGCCAAAAUUAGUAAAUGCUUUGCAUAUGCUGGGACACCGGCGGUGGUUGGGGGUACAGAGGCACCUUUGCCACAGUGACUCUACGGGAGUCAUCAUCCAUGCAAGCAUGGUGAGAUGGGGCCCUCCAGGCCCCCAGGUAAAUCCCGGUGGGCUGGGGCUGGUUCUGAUCUCUGCCUGGUCCCCUCCUUGCCAUAGCUGGAGAAGUGCCAUGUCUCCCUAAGCAGACGAUGAAGAUAGGGCACUUGUUUGUUGAAAAUAUUGAUUCGUGUUGUAGUUGUGUUACUGGGAAACUAAACUGUGCUUGGGUUUUAAUUAUCGUUACUUUGGUUUGGGGUUUGUUUGUUUGUUUGUUUGUUUUAAGUACGGAUUAUUAUAACUUUGUCAUAUAUACAUUAAUCUUAGUUAUCUGAGGCUUGUUGUUUCACUUCAGCUAUGUCUAUUGCCAUGGUUAAACUGUUGACAGUGAAUUUCUUUUAGAUUACAUUUUGCUGAGGCAUAUUAACUCAUUAAGCAAUGUCUGUCUGCCAUGGGAAGCAUGCAUCAUUUAUUAACGAGCACAAGAAUAUUAUAAACACCACCUCAGAAUAAAAUAAGCACUGUAAAAGCUACGACAGCUUCCUAUGCCUUUUUAAAUAUUAUGAAAGUGCUCUCCAUGAGAAAGGAAAAACCAUCCUUCAAGCUUGCUUUAAGGCUAUAAAAUGCUGCUCCAGAAGCUGUUCAGAGUAAAACACAGGCAGAUUGAAGGUUAUGGAAGAACUGGAGGUUUUAUCAUGAACGUAGCAGAAAGAAUGGGGGUGGCAUGUUUAACAGUUGAUGUUUUACAUUAAGCAGCAGAUACAGACUGCAAUGGUUCAUCUUGUUCAUGUUGCCUCUUGGGUGUCUGCCUCUCUGAAAGAGCCAAGUAGUUUUGACAUUAGUGGAAACCGGCAUGUGCUAUAGUAUAAUACUGAGAUUCUUUAAGCCAGUAUGUUUUAGUAAUAUACAGUUUUGUUAUAGAAGUGCAGUAGUGUUCUGACAGCCUCUUUAUCAGCUCAAGUAUUUUAUAAGUGCUUUUUUUUAAAUCAUUUUAACAAAACUUUACUGAAACGUCCCCUAGAAAUGCUGUGUUGCUUUUCCUUCUUGUAUUUUAACAUUUAAGAUUCAAAAUGUGUGGAUUUUUUUUUAAUUAUUAUUUAUAUUAAUUUUUCCUCUCUGGCUCCCAGAUGUCUAUUUAAAAACGUUCCCAAAUGCUGAGUUGGGAAGUGAUUCAUCAUUUUUCAAAGCAAUUCACUUUAAAAGAACAACAUUGUAACCAAAGAUUGCCAGCUUCAUUUCUUAUUUCAGAACUGCUUAAAAAAGACUUCAUUUUUUUUCUGACUCUAGCUUUAUAACAGGAUUGACCCAGCCCUUCCAUAAUUUUCAGCUAAUUUGGGAAGAAGAUUGCAUGUGAGAUCUUGACAGCACUGACUGUUAUUGAGACAGCGCACUCUCUCCAGUGUAUAUGCCUGAUCACGCUGUACUGCAAGUACUGCCUAAGCACUCCAGCCUGACAGCAUCAGUGGUAGGAAGCAUCUGUCUCAUGACUUUGUGCUCUGAGGGUCCUGUAAUUCCCAUCCCUCAUGGGAAGAUGUGAAUCAGGCAUCCACUAUGCAUGGUGUUCCCCGAGUAUCUCUGCUUGUUUGCCCAGUCUGCAUCCCAAACAGCCCUGUCCUGGGGGGUACUCACACUGCUUGACAUGGGGCUGCCGGCCUCAUAUAGGGGCCUAAGUCACCUCAAUGGUCAGCAGGGAGAGAGAUGCUCCUUCCUGAGUGUGCCUUAGUUUGAAAUCACCCAAUGUGGGAGUUUACACUCUUUUCACUGUGUAAGAAAAAGACUAGAAAUCUGAAUUGGGCAUCUGAUGGGCAUCACACAUCAUCAAAUGCUGUGAAACCUGGUAAACACUGCACAGCCAAUAGUUUGGCUAACUGAAUUUAAUGCAGGAAGCAGUGGAUGCUACGAUCCAGUAGGAAAAAUCAGCUGUAAAAGAGAUUGCUGUAAUAAGGAUUACCCUUUUAAUGCUUAGUUUCUUAAAAAUACGCUCAACUGGUCACAAAAUGUGGAGCGUUUCCAAACUCCUCAGCCUCAUGCUGUGCUGACCCUGCUGACAUCAAGCACCAGACAAACAUUUCCCUUUUAUUUAUUAGCAGAAAUUGCAGAGAUGUUUUUCCACACCUUUAUUUCUUUUGUGUAAUAAUUGCUCUGUUGUUUACAUAUUGUUUUAACUUAAAAUAAACAGUGCUAUUAGAAAAAAUAUAUAUCAUUUCUAUUGGUGGAAUCGGAACCCUCUAAAAUAAAUACUUUUUCUAAAGAAACUCAAAUAAUUUCAACGCCAUUCACUAGCAUUUUAUUUAGCGUAUUCUGGGGUAGAGCCUACUUUCUCAAGUGCAAUCUCUUUCUAUAUAUUUUUUGUUGUUAUCUCAGUUAAAUGCAGCUCCUGUAGCAUUAUUUUUUACCUUAUGCAGUAUGUAAUGUGUCUUAUCUUGAUGAACAAAAAAUAAAUACUGCUUUUGAAAAUAA